AUGGCUUCGUCGCAAGGGAAGAGCGAGCUGCGGUUCGCCGACUGGAUGGCAGCUCUGCCCGACAGCAUCCGCAGCGCCCCGCUCACCAACCUGGCCAUCCCAGGAUCUCAUGACUCCUUUAGCUUCUACAUUGAUGAAGCCUCUCCAGUUGGGCCUGAACAGCCAGAAACUGUCCAGAAUUUUGUGUCUGUAUUUGGGACUGUGGCUAAAAAGCUGAUGAGGAAGUGGUUGGCCACACAGACGAUGAACUUCACUAGCCAGCUGGGUGCAGGUAUACGAUAUUUUGAUCUUAGAAUUUCCACCAAACCCAGAGACCCCGACAAUGAGCUCUACUUUGCUCAUGGUUUAUUCAGUGCCAAAGUCAAUGAAGGCCUGGAAGAAAUCAAUGCAUUCCUCACUGACCACCCCAAAGAAGUGGUCUUCUUGGACUUCAAUCAUUUCUAUGGGAUGCAGAAAUAUCAUCAUGAAAAGCUUGUCCAAAUGCUCAAAGACACAUACGGAAACAAAAUGUGUCCUGCUAUAUUUGCCCACGAAGUAAGCCUCCAGUACCUGUGGGAAAAGGAACACCAAGUGUUGGUGUUUUAUCACAGUCCAGUGGCUCUUGAGGUACCAUUUCUAUGGCCAGGUCAGAUGAUGCCAGCACCCUGGGCAAACACGACAGAUCCAGAAAAACUGAUUCAGUUUCUCCAGGCAUCAAUCACCGAAAGAAGAAAGAAGGGCUCCUUUUUUAUAUCUCAAGUGGUGCUGACACCAAAGGCUAGUACAGUGGUGAAAGGGGUUGCUAGUGGUCUUAGAGAAACAAUCACAGAAAGAGCUCUUCCGGCAAUGAUGCAGUGGGUCCGAACUCAGAAACCAGGAGAAAGUGGUGUAAAUAUUAUCACUGCAGAUUUUGUAGAACUUGGUGACUUUAUCAGCACAGUCAUAAACCUCAACUAUGCCCUGGAUGAAGGUGAAGAUGACACUACUUGAUAGUAUUAUAGUACAUUUGUUGUUGCAUUAUUUAGAAUUAAAAAACAAUGAUUGCAUUUUAAAGAAUUAUCUUGUAAAACACUGAUCUUCCUAUAACA